ACCACAAGAACUGUGAGAAACAGACAAACGCACUUGUUACCCUCCUGAAGCCUACCUGUAAUGACACCAUCAUCGCAAUGACAACAGGGCCCGGUGAAAAGGGGGCCACCUAAAAGGAUUUUGGCGUGAUUUACCCACUUAAGUGUGUUUUUUUGAUGGUUUUCCCGCUUUUGGACUUCCCUGUGGAGUUACCUGUGCUGUUAUUGAGCGGAGACCUAACGACUCGAGUUCCUCCUCAGCUCCAGCAGUCAUUGCAUGACAGUGAGAGGCCGCGAUGAGUCGGAGAACUCGACGCUGGAUUUUAAGAGUUUUACUUUGUCUGGGAAUUGUUUACCUGAAAAUUGGGGGCUUCUCAUCUGUGGUGGCCCUCGGAGCGAGCAUAAUCUGUAAUAAAAUCCCCGGUUUGGCACCCAGACAGCGGAUUAUUUGCCAGAGUCGCCCCGAUGCUAUUAUAGUCAUUGGAGAGGGCGCGCAAAUGGGCAUCAAUGAGUGUCAGUUCCAGUUCAAGAACGGGCGCUGGAACUGCUCGGCCCUGGGCGAGAGGACCGUCUUUGGAAAAGAGUUGAAAGUGGGAAGUAAAGAAGCUGCCUUUACGUAUGCCAUCAUAGCAGCCGGAGUGGCCCACGCCAUCACCGCCGCCUGCACACAGGGUAACCUGAGUGACUGCAGCUGCGACAAAGAAAAGCAGGGUUUCUAUAGCAGGGACCAAGGCUGGAAGUGGGGAGGCUGCUCUGCAGACAUCAGCUACGGCCUGGGCUUUUCUAAAGUGUUUAUUGAUGCCCGGGAAGUCAAACAAAAUGCAAGGACGCUCAUGAACCUUCAUAAUAAUGAGGUGGGACGCAAGGUGCUGGAGAAGAACAUGCGACUGGAAUGCAAAUGCCACGGAGUGUCAGGCUCCUGCACCACCAAAACCUGCUGGACUACACUACCAAAGUUCCGUGAGCUUGGCUACAUUCUCAAGGAGAAAUACGGCAAUGCGGUUCAAGUAGAACCGGUCAAAGCCAGCCGCAACAAGCGCCCUAAAUUCCUAAAAAUCAAGAAGCCAUAUUCUUACCGGAAGCCCAUGGAUACAGACUUGGUGUACAUAGACAAGUCACCAAACUACUGCGAGGCAGAUAAGGUGACGGGCAGCUUGGGAACACAAGGGCGGGUAUGCAACAAGACUAUAUCACACAUCAGCGGCUGUGACCUGAUGUGCUGCGGCCGCGGCUACAACACACACCAGUACUCCAGAGUGUGGCAGUGCAAUUGCAAGUUCUUAUGGUGCUGCUACGUGAAGUGCAACACAUGCAGUGAGAGGACAGAGGUGUACACCUGCAAAUGAGAAUAUUUAUUGGCCGGUGCUACGUGGUCUUGAAUGUGUCUUCUUAUUUUCACGGACAUAUUGGUUCUUGUGGCUGCACGAGGAGCUGCUACAGGACUGUGGACAUGCAGUUUCUUGGGAUGAAAUGCGACGAAACACUGUCAAGGGAAAAAAAUGCACACUGCUGCACAUAUCGUGGUCAAAGACUUGAAGCUACGCGGACACGGACUGGCGACAAGAAACGGAAAACAGCCCGCGUGAUGGCUGUGCCGUGCACACUGCUGUCUUUCACUCAUGGAAUGACUCAGCCAUGUGGAAUAUUUAACAUACUGUGUUUUAUAGAAUGGAGAUAAUUAAUAUUAAUUUAUUGGAUAAGAACUACUGAUUUUGUCCGCUCUGGGUCACAAAUAUAACUCACUGUUGAGGGGGGCUUAGUUUAUUAAAGGGAUCGGAAACUGUUAACUCACUGGAUUUGAAUCCGCCUGGAAUCAGGCGGUCUUUAACUUGUGACCCACUCGUAUCGUCCCUCUGUUUGCUGCUAGUCCCGAGAAUCCCAUUUGUUUAAGUCGGAGCUUCAAAAACACAGGCACAUUUUCCACUUUUGGUAAAUAUUGGUUCAUAGAGUAUAUUUUGUAAGAGCCUAUUUUUGUAUGGAUGUCUUAUUUAUAUCUGUUGCAUAAUAUUCCACAUUAAGCUCGGACACCUGUCUGUAAAAAGCUGUAUGUAUGUAAGUUUGCCCCGGUUGUCACUGCCACGUUUGUGUAAUGUGAGUUAUAGAAGCUGUUUCUGUGUGUCUGUUGUUUACUGCAUUUCAUGACUACUACUGAUGGAAUACAGGAACAGAAUAACACCAACAA